GAGAGCGACAAGAAGAUCUGAUCCGCAACAUCUCAUACCUGGUACCUCCUUCCUUCUCAAAAAUGACGAGCACAGCCUUCUCCAUGAGGGCCAUCACCCGUGCCUCCUUCAGCGCAGCAGCCUUCCGCCAGAUCGCCCCUCGCACCGGCACCCGCACCCUCGCUACCAAAGCCGUCUCCCACCCCGAUCCCUCCGACACCUCCGCAUCCGCAAAGCUGAUCGAGCAGCACAAACCCUAUGCUUUGACAACCUACGCCCGCCCCAACCUUGUCUUCACCAAGGGUGAGGGAUGCUAUGUUUGGGAUAUGGAGGGGAGGAAGUACAUUGAUUUCACCGCCGGUAUUGCUGUGAAUGCUUUGGGACAUGGUGAUAAGGAGAUUGCGAAGAUUGCGUAUGAGCAGGCGCUCGAGUUGAUCCAUGUUUCGAACCUGUACCAUAACAAGUGGGCUGGUGAGCUUGCGAAGACUUUGGUUGAGACCACGAAGGAGCAGGGGGGUAUGCAUGGUGCCGCCAAGGUCUUCUUUUCGAACAGUGGAUCGGAGGCGAAUGAGGGUGCUAUCAAGUUUGCCCGUAAAGUUGGAAAGAUCGUGGGCGGAGAAGACAAGAUCGGGAUCGUGUCGUUCAAGAACGCCUUCCAUGGCAGGACCAUGGGUUCUUUGUCCGCGACUCCCAACCCGAAGUACCAAGCUCCCUUUGCGCCCAUGGUCCCGGGAUUCUCUGUCGGAGAGUUCAACAAUGUUGAACAAAUCAACACCCUCAUCACCGAGAAAACCUGCGGCGUCAUCGUCGAACCCGUCCAAGGUGAAGGUGGAAUCUUCGCCGGUUCGGUCGAGUUCCUCUCCGCACUCCGCAAACGCUGCGACGAAGUCAACGCCGUCCUCAUCUACGACGAAAUUCAAUGCGGUCUCGGACGAACCGGUGACCUCUGGGCUCACACUAUCCUCCCCAAAGACUGUCAUCCAGACAUCUUGACCAUGGCCAAACCACUGGCGAAUGGAAUCCCGAUUGGCGCAAUCAUGGUCAACAACAAAGUCGCUGACGCAGUCAAGAUCGGAGACCACGGUACCACUUUCGGCGGAAACCCCUUCGCGUGCCGUAUCGCCCACCACGUAUUCACCCGCCUCGCGUCCCCCUCCCUCCAAUCAAACGUCCGCACCAUGUCCACCAUCCUCAAAUCCAAACUCGAAUCAUACCAGAAGAAAUAUCCGACCCUCAUCACUGACAUCCGUGGCCGUGGAUUAUUGAUGGGGAUGCAGCUCGCUAUUGAUCCCACGCCGGUCGUGGGGUUGGCGAGGGAGAGGGGGUUGUUGAUUAUUACGGCGGGGAACAAUACGGUUAGGUUUGUGCCGCCGCUUGUUAUUACGGAGAAGGAGUUGGAAGAGGGGUUGAAGAUUGUUGAGGAGGCGCUUGGGGAGAUGGCGAAGAACAUGUAGAUCAUUUGAGAGAAAGCUGGGACCGGAAAGUUCCUGAGGCAUUUAUAGAGGCUGAAAAGCGGGUAUAGGCGUAGCAUAUUACACGGAAAUGUAAUAUACCAUCGGGAAUCUC